CUCAAGCUCCAGCCGACUGAGGCUGCACACUGACGAGCAUUCACUUGCACCUUUGUGUGUGUACGUGCGUGUAUGUGUGCGCGUCUCUCUCUCCCCUUGUGUGUGUGUUGGCACUUUUGACACCCCACAGCGCGCAGUCUGCGCGCGCGCCGCGCCGCGCCGUGCCGUGCCGUGCCGUUCCAUGUCGCACCGCGCCGCGCAUUGCCGCUCGUCGCCCACGAAGCCAGAGGGACAGAAUCAGGCUUAACGGAAUCGCAGCGACGAGCCCGGUUCACCAGAGCCUCGUCUGCGGACCCCUCCGCCGGGCGCGCGCAUUACUACUACAACUCCUCGCGGUGCCGCCGACGGACCCGGAGUGACACGCGCGCGCAAAAGGUGUGGAGGACUGGGCACCCGCUCGGGAAGAUGGGACCGAACCCGUGCCUUUAAAGGGUUCACACUCACACACACACACACACACACAAACACACGUACACACACGCACACGUACACGCUGCAGCUGUUGGGGAGGAAAACGGCGACAUGGCGAAAACUGGCAAGAUCUGAACUUUGGAGGAUCCACCGUGAGGAUUGUCGCGCCGUCCACCGUCACACCACGGACACGAGGAGCGGGAUCAGAGUUUGCCUUCAGUGUAUCACAGGGAAUAUAAUCCACGAUAUGUUGUGCGGGCACAGUCGUCUGGGGGCCUGGCAGGUGCUAAUGGCCAUCUCACUGGUCAUCACCCCCCUGUCUGCUCACGGGAGGCAUUCAUUGACCAGGCGCCAUCAUCACCACAACCAGUCAACGGUCAACAAGGAGGCCUUGGACACCAGGAUGGUGCUUAGUGACGACUCAGCGGAGAGAGAACACCUGAUUGGAGCAGGUCUUGGGGCCAAACUCCCACUCGGCUCCACCAAACACCACCAUUCUCGUAAACAUGUCCACCUAGACUUCAUAGAGGAGGACCCACCCGUGGGGGAGGAGCUCACUGCUGGCGGGGGAGGUCCAGACCAGCCCGGAAACCCAAUGUCCGACGAUGUCAUCACUGUGGCGUUCCACAGCCCGGCUCCGGAUGUUGUGCCCUCUGAUGCCAUGGAUUUGACAAAAGUCCCGAAGCCCCAGAAGCAGAAAGGGGGAGACCCUACCGCGUGGACACUUUCGGACUUCUACGACCUGUUCCCUGACGACGACCUCUCGGCGUUGGAUACGACCCCAGAACCUGAGCCCACCCUUUCACCCCCAGCCGACAUGGAGGAUGAGAAUCCGCUCCUUACUGUUUCUCCUGCUGUUCCUGACGACGUUAAGCCAAAUGUGGAGAGCAGGCCUUCCUCACCUGUCGCUCCCAUGCCAGGGCCCGACAAGGAUGAUGGGUUAGGUCUUGGUGGUGCAAUGGGGGCUGACGGCUGCAGGCUGGGCUUUGUACGUUCUGGACCAGGGGUAUGUGUGUCUCAGUGUGACACUGAACCCAAUUUCUGCUUCAACGGAGGGGUGUGCACUGUGGUGGCAGGAAUGGGAGCUUUCUGCAGGUGUAAUGUGCAGGACUACAUCUGGAACAAAGGCACACGCUGUGAUUGGGCGGUCACAGAGUUCCAGGUGAUGUGCGUGGUGGUGGGCGUGGCCUCCUUUGUGUUCCUCCUCCUCUUCAUGAUCAUCGUAUUCUUUGCCAAGAGGCUGCAUCGCCUCAAGAACGAGAACAGGCGCCUUCGCAAACGCAGUAAGUACCGCCCGCAGAGCAGCGAGCCACAGACGGACGGCCUCUCGGUUUCCACAACAGCCGACGGCUCACAGCCAAACGUAAGGAAACUGUGCGACACCCCUCCGUCCGCUCCCCAAGCUCACACUCACAACCUGGCGUACUAUGACAACAUUAUCUGUCAGAGGCCAUCAACAGCCAGCUAUACCUGGGAAUAUAAACCCAGAAACCCUUAUAACCACUUCCAGGAUGACCCUCAGAAGCAGGACAACGCGGCAAAGUCCCCGCAGGCCAAGGAAGAGGGGUCCAUGAACAUCCUCAACUCUCAUUCCCCCAAGCACGAGAACAAUCGCCCAGCCUCUGUCGCUCACGACCACGGCCACACCCCCAACAACACAGAGGAAAAAAACGCCGAGGAUGGAGUCACUAUUGGCCUGGAAGUGCUCCUCCCCAAAGAGGCCAAGCUCCACGCAGAGACCAGCCCGCCCCUUCAGUAUGACGUCUUCCUCUACAAGGUUGCCAACGGCGGAGACGCUGCCUCUCCCGGCCAAGCCCCUCCCUCUCACAGUGCCAACUCCUACACCACCUCUCUCCACAUUCCAAAAUCGCCCAAAACACCCAAGAAAGCCAAGUCGCCCAAGGUGUCCAAGUCGUCCAAAUCACCCAAACCCACCAAGGAGCAUCCAGCCAUUGACCGCGAGCCCUUGUCUGGAAGGCACUCCUCACCUGGCCGUAACACCUCUGCUGUUCGCCACCCAUCGCCCAUCUGUCAUUCUGCACCUGGGUGCUAUUUUUCCCCCACCUGCCAUCCGUCCUCCCACCACUCUCCCGCCCAGUGCAAAUGCAUGCCCACAUCUUCUUCCACCCCGCCGCAGCUUCGCAGGCCCCGAGGUCGAUCUCAGGCCCCCGACUCAGAGCGCUCGGGCGCGGGGAGAGAGUGCCAGAGUGGACACCUUCGUCCAUCUCCCUCCUCGCCUCAUCUCACCCAGCCACCUCCAUCGCCAUCAUCCUGGGUGAAGUACAGCCCAGUCAGCACCCGAUCUCUGCCGCCACUCUCCUGACCAGGCCUCCACCCAGUCGGGCCUGGCAUUCAUAAAUUCACACGCACAAACAUCUGUCAUGAUCUAAUAUGUCCACUCAUGUGUCCAUCAUGGCUCUAACCCUUUUAUUAGCGAUUUAUAGAUCAAUCAUCUCUCCAUCCAUGUCAUCCAUCUUUGUACUCUGCCAGCCUAAAUUUAUACCCAGGGGAUGAGCACAGCACCUGGUCCUGGUCCACGGAGCCAGAAAACUAGAACUGGGAUAACUCUGUAUACACCACACUCAAUCAAACUCAGACAUGAAUGCACCAUAAUGCACAAAUAAAUCAGUGUAUAGUCACUGCAGCCGCACAUUCACACCUUUGUGUAAAUAAUUCAACCUCGCCAAGCUCAGGUUACUGCUCACACACACACACACACACACACACACACACACACAAAAUGAUCAUGUGUGAACAUGCGCUCUCUCCUAGAAUGGUGCCAACGACUGCUGAAGAUAUAUUGUUCAUAAAUGUUUUUUAUAGAGGUUCACAACAGUAGCCUUAGUGUUUUUAAUUGGUUUGUAUACAUCUUUUGUUAUUCACUGUGUAAGAUUUUUGUCAUUGUUAUGUUCUCAAAGGCUUUUUGGUAUGUUUUUCAUGUUUCUAAUCCUCAAUAAAUAGACGAACAGCAA